AUGCUUCAAUUUUUAAAAUCUUCCUUACCAAAACCAAAUAUUUUUGCUUUUGAUGAAUACUUUAUUAAAGCUUUUUGGCGUUGGGGAUUGUUGGUUUAUUGCUUAAGAUGGCCAUUAUUGUUAUUACCUUUUUUGUUGACUGGAAUUUUAAGUAUUGGAUUUGUUUGGAUUGAAGAACAGACUACAAGGGACCCACUUUUUGUUUUUUCACCAGAAAAUGCCCGUUGGAGGUAUGAAAGAGCUGUUUUAACUCAACAUUGGCCUUUGGAUGAACAACAUUUUUGGCCUGGAAAAUCUUAUGAUUACAACGGUUAUGUGGAUGUUAUUGCUGCUGGUAGAAGAAGAAAAUCUAAUUUUGAUCCGGAAGGAGUGGCUAGACCAAAUAUUUUGCUGAGUGGAUAUUUGAAUGAAUUGGAAAGGAUAAAUGAGUAUAUUAUUCACAAUUUGACGGUGCCACUUCAAUUACCCAACAACAAUCAAACUUUACAAAUUUCCUUUACCGAUUUGUGUAUGACGUAUGCCUGGAAAUGUUAUGAAAAUGAGCAUAUUACAAUGUUACAACCUAAAGGACAUUGGACUGGAAGUGGGGGGUUUUUAAAAGCUGAAAUUGUUGAAUUGGCUAAAGAUAUUAUUGAAAAAGAGGUCAAAAUAACUUACCCAAUAGGUUGGAGAGGUACCGAACCUUUAUAUUUUGGAGCACUUGUUGGAGGUGUACAUUUAACCGAUUCUGAAGGACAUUUUAAUUAUGCUAGUGCUAUUCGUUUAACUUAUAAUGUUCGAGAUGGAAAUUUAAUUGAUCAAGUUAGUGAAAGGUGGAGGAAGAAAUUGGCUGAGUAUUUGACUGACAAAAAGGAACCUGCCAGUGAUUUGCUUGAAUUUGGUCUUUAUCAUAAUAUGAGCUUACCUGAAGGACUUCAAGUUUAUUUUUCAGUAAUUAAAAAAAAACUUUUUUUAAAGGAUGUAGCAGAUACUUUAAUGCCUAAAUUUGGUGGUUGUAUAUUUGUUCUUUUUUUAUUUUGCAUGGGUUGCAGUAUUGUUUUGCUUAGCGACACUUUACCUUCUGGAAAACAAACAAUUGUAGGUAUUGACUGGACUCGAAGUAAACCUUUACUUGGAUUAGCUGCUCUUUUGUGUCCAUUACUUGCUACUUUAAGCGCUUUUGGUUUAUUGCUUUGGUUUGGUUGUUUAUACAAUGCUAUUGUUAAUGUUAGCCCUUUUAUUUGUCUAAGUAUUGGAAUUGAUGACGCUUUUUUAAUGACGGCAGCUUGGCAUAGAACUUGUCCUGAAUUAAAAACUUCGAAAAGACUGGCUGAGGCUUUAGCAGAAGCUGCUGUAGCUAUUUCUAUUACUUCUUUUACUGAUAUGUUAACUUUUGGCAUUGGCUGCUUCACAACAUUACCAGGAGUCCGUUUAUUUUGUAUGUACACAUUUGCUGGAAUUACUUUUACUUAUAUUUAUCAAAUUACCUAUUUUGCUGCUGCAAUGGCUUUUGCUGGAAAAAUGGAAGAAUUUGGGCAACAUUCAAUUUUCCCUUUUUGUAAAACUAUUGAAUUGGAUAAAGCUAAAACAAAUUUUGAAAAAUUAACAAUUGUUGGAUCUCCUCCACGUAGUGAAUGUGAAAAAGAAGAGAAACAAGUUGAUAAUAGUUGGCUGGUCGAAUUUAAAAAAUGUUGGAAUGAAGAGAAGAAAAUGGAGAAAAUUGAUACGAUGGAGGAAGAAAAGGAUUUAACAACAAAUACUAAUCCUACAACAAAACAAACUUUUGUCAAUCGCCUUUUCCGAGAAGUUUAUGGCCCUUUUCUACUUAACAAAAAAACAAAAUUGUAUAUAUUUUUGUGUUAUUCUCUAUAUUUAUUGUUUGCUUUAUUGGGUGUUUCACACAUGGAAGAAGGACUUCAUCCAAAAGAAUUGGUUAAAUCUUCUUUUUAUUUGACUGAUUUUUAUGUUUUAAUUGAUGAAACUUUUUGGAGGGAAGGUUUGGAAUUUUGCCUUCAAUUACAAGUUGUUGUCAACAAUCCUCCAAAUUUUGUCAAUUUUACUCAACGUCAAAGGCUCAAUCAAUUAGUGUCAUCAUUUGAGGAUACAGAAUUUACAAUGAAACACAAUGCUACAAUGUUUUGGUUAAACGCUUUUGAUGCUAAAAUAAAAGAGGAUUUGAUGGAGAGGAAUAUUUCCGAGCCGAAAACACUCUCAGAAUGGCAUCAACGCUGUCUUGAAUGGCUCUUAUCAGCUGGAGGUCGUCGUCUAUGGGAAUUGGAUAUGCACUGGAUUGAAGGAUUCCUAGUUGCAUUUAGAUUUCAAAUUGGAUUGAGAAAUUAUAGAACUCCUACAGAACAUACAAACGGAUGUCGUUUAAUGCGUUCAAUAGCUGACUCUUUUCCUGAAUUUAAUGUAACAACAUUUCAUGAAUAUUAUCCUUUUUCUGAUCAGUAUAUUGAACUCAAACCUGCUUUAUACCGCAAUUGUUUAAUAGCAGUUUUGUGUAUGGGUUUUAUUGCUUUAUUAAUGAUUCCAAGUUGGCCAGCAGCUUUUUUCAUUAUUGCAGCUAUUGUUUCUAUUGAUAUUGGUGUUAUUGGUUAUAUGUCUUUAUGGGGAGUGAAUCUUGAAAGCGUUUCAAUGAUUACAAUCAUAAUGUCCAUCGGUUUUUCUGUUGAUCUUUCUGCACACAUAACCUAUGCUUUUGUAAAGGCUCCAGAAGGAUUAUCGUCAAAUGAACGAGCUAUUGCAGCGCUGGAAACACUUGGUUGGCCUGUCUUUUUGGGUGCUUUCUCCACAGUUGUAGGAAUUAUGGUUUUAACACUAGUAGAUGCUGUGAUUAUUUUAAUCUUCUUCAAAACCGUUUUCCUUGUAAUUAUUUUUUCGCUGCUUCAUGGAAUUGUUUUUCUCCCAAUUUUACUAACUGUUGCAAUGCCUAAUGAAGGUUGUGGUUGUCAGAAUGGAGAGGAGAGGAAGUAA